AUGCAAGCACUCAUUAUUGCUGAUUUUGGCUCAUCACAUGGUUUAAAUUCAAUUUAUGCCAUGAAAGCAAUCAUUAAAUAUUUAAAAACAUCUAAAAAUGAACAACGAUCAUUUCUCAUCGUGCAUAACGAUUUACCGACGAAUAAUUGGGCGAUACUUUUCGAUCUACUCAACAAAGAUGGCAGUUAUUUUGGUUUGGCAAAUGGUAGGUCAUUUUAUGAACAAUGUCUACCAUCGAAUUCUCUAUCUAUCGGCUACUCUUCUGCGUCACUUAAUUGGAUAUCAUGUAAACCAUGCAAUAUAUCGAAUCAUUGUGUUUCAUUAUUCGCUUUAAAUGAUGAAUACGAAAAAUUUAAACAACAAGCUCGUCUUGAUUAUACACAAUUUUUGGAACAUCGUUCAAAUGAACUUCUUCCUGGUGGUGUACUCAUUCUUUGUAUUCCUUGUUUAAGUGACAAAGGACUCCAUGGUGUUGAAAUUGCUUUUCAACUCUUAUACAAGUGUGCGAAAUUAUUACCGAUUACAGAACAAGAAUUACUCGAUUAUACCCUUCCAUUGUAUUAUCGUACUGAUGAAGAAUUGAUCGAUUAUGAUUUAUUUAAAAAAGUUUCAUUCAAGUUAAUCAAAUCUAAAUUGUGCGAAGUUAGAACAGAUAUAUGUACUCGAUUUCAACAAGGAGAGCUGACAUUGGAUGAAUUUGCAAAAGAUCGAACUCAAUUUGUGCGCAGCUGGGGCGAACCAUCAUUACGAGAGGCAUUAGAAAAGAAUAAUCAUCGUUCAAAAGAAGCCGUCGAAACAUUGUUAGAACAGUUUUGGAAUGUGUACGAACGAGAGGUAAAAGAACUUUCAAAUCAAUUCGAUAUUUAUGCCUUUGUAACUUAUUUAAUAUUGAAAAAAGAUUUGAUAUAA